AUGUCACAAACAACCUCGCAGGUAGAAACAGUUCCAGCCACGCAGGAGACAUCGCCAAUCUUCACCAAAAACCAUGCUAUUCCAGUGUUUACAGACAAAUAUACCGAGCGAAAAUGGGCAAAAGCGCACAUGGCUGGAGCAUUUCGCAUGCUUGCGAAAUUCGGUUGGAAUGACGGCGCUGGUGGACAUAUUAGUCUCCGUGAUCCAGUGCAGCCCGACUGCUUUUGGAUAAAUCCUUACUCCAAGCACUUUGGCAGCAUAACCGUGAGCGACUUGAUCCUUGUGACCGAGGAAGGGGUUGCUCUCACCCCCACAAAGUAUAGGGUCAACAAAGCCGGGUUCAUGAUCCACUCUGCCUUGCACAAAGCGCGCCCAGAUAUUAAUGCAGCUAUUCAUACCCACUCUCCGUAUGGGAGGGCGUGGUCGGCAUUCGGAAGACCUAUCGAAAUGCUGAACCAGGAUUCUUGCUACUUUUACAACGACCUGGCAGUUUAUGAACAGUUCGGGGCAUUGUGCAUGCUGCAGAGGAGGGCGAGAAUAUUGCAGCUUGUUUGGGUCCAACGAAGAAGAAUAUUAUUCUCCAAAAUCAUGGCAUCACUAAUUGUUGGCAGGAUCAUGUCAACUGGCGCAACCAUUGGGGAAGCCGUGGGGGUUUUCACUGCGUUGGAGCAGGCCUGUGAAGCACAGUUGCUUGUAGAGGCAGCGGCUGCUAAUGGGAUCCCCAAAAAGCUGAUAGAUGAUGAGACUGCUCAAUAUACGAAGACGAACGGUGGAGGACCGGAGGUCCUGUAUAUGCAGUUUGUGCCAGAGUAUGACAUGAUUCUGGAAGAGACGAACGGGAGCUUCCUGAAGUAA